GCACUGUUUACUAAAUCGACUAAAUGUAUUAAGCUAGUUGCUGGUUACAACAGCUGUUACUUGUCCUACUGAUAUUGAAAGAAAGAAAAUUGAAAUUUCGGAACGCACUGUUGUGUCAAUAGCCAAACGUCAUACAACGCGAAUCACGAAUUUGUGUUUUUCGAAAUCAAAUACGCCUGCAAAACAAAAAUAAAUGUGUUGAACAUUAAAAAAAACAUCAAUAAUCAUGGAUGUCAAAGUAGAGUGUGAGCGUCUUUUAUGGAUAUGCCAUGGCUGUUUAAGCGCUGAUAGAAACCUCGCGUGUGUGACUGGUCACAACAAAACAUUGUUUAUUGGACUCGGAGGAGAUGUAACACAUCAAUUUAAAGACUUGCUGCUGUGUUGGGAAUGUGUGGCGUUAAUAAACAAACUGGGAGUCUUUCGAUCUCGCAUUAAGACUGCUCAAUACAGGCUCUUACAGUUUGUAAAGACGUACGAGAGCGAUCUCCCAAACACCUUGUCACAUAUAAAAAUUACACAGAAACAACAAUAUGACUACGAGUACAAAUAUAUUGAUGAAGAGGAACAAAAACAUAUUAUACUGGACCACAAAGAUAUAUUACCUGAUGAAAACGAAACCAUUAAUGCAUAUAAAGAUGAAAAUAUUCCAGAAAUAGAUCCUGAAAUAAAAAUAGAAUAUAAUGAAGACAUAAAAGAUGAAAUUGACAAUAUAUCUUACAAUAACGAUACAGAUUAUGAAGAAUUUAAACAAGAACAUGAUUUAGACUGUACAAUAGAGAAUAAAAAACCUAAAAAAAGAAUAAAGCAAUCUCAAAGUAUUAAAAAGUUAUAUGAAAAAUAUGCGACAGUCACAAAGAAAGAGGUUUUGUUCAAUCGUAAAGAGCAUUCCGAGGAGGUUUGUUUAAAUGACGAGGCCAUUGAGCAAUUUUUAGACAAAGACAGAGCAAAACGUACUUUAGAAUCAUUUCCUUAUAAAUGUAUGGAAUGUAGUCUUGGAUAUGUAAGAGAAUUGGAUUAUUUCAGACAUCAAACCUUUCGUCAUUUGAAGAUAGAAUACCCAACAUCUUGCUUGGCAUGCAAACAAAAAAAUAUAAAUUCUCAGUCCAAUCUUGAAGAACAUUGGAGAGUCCAUACACUCAUGUUACGAUGCAAGCUUUGUGGAGAAAUUACUAGAUUCCGAGGAAUGAAGAAACAUUUUAAUAUAGCGCACACAAAGGUUCACACUUGUAAGGAGUGCUCAUUGGAAUUUGGAUCUCUCCGAGUAUUUAGCGAACACUACAAAUCAAUGCACAUGAUAGCUAUUUGUGAUCACUGCAAUAAAAAGUUUACGAGUAGGCGUAAACUAGAAAGACAUAUCUUUAGGAACCACCAACCCCAGCAAUGUACUAUAUGCAACCGGCAGUACCGUGCAUACAAAUUCUAUAAGAGCCAUUUAAGAGCUGAGCAUCCGGAACUACUAUCAUCUUUGCAAGCUCUUGACUCUAAUAAGGAAAUGCGGUACUGUGUGGAAUGCGAUAUACAGUUUCCAAGCAUUUAUAAGUAUAAAAGACAUUUGCAGGAGUCGGUUAAACAUAAGCCUAAGAAGAAAGAACGAAUACCAUGUCCGGACUGCGGUAAAAUAUUCACCCGUAUGGUGUACAAGAACAAUCAUUACAGAUUGGCGCAUAUGAAAGUGACGAAACAUUACUGCGAGAUUUGUAAUAAGUAUUUCUCAAACGGUUACGGCUUGCGAAAACAUAUAAAAGGGGUACACGAAAAGAUACCAUUGCCUAAAAAUAAAAUCUGCGAUCUAUGUGGGAGAGGAUUUAGUGCGAACAGAAUAUUGGCAAAUCACCGUCGUACCCACACUGGUGAAAGGCCGUACAAGUGCGAGUUUUGUCCCGCCACCUUCGCUCAGCAAACGGCUUUGAAGACACAUCAGAAAACACAACACAAACACAGCAUUUUAUUGGCCAAUUAAAAUGUCAGGUUUAUGCUUUUUACAUCAUGGCCCAGCUAGUCAGUUAAUUUGUAAAUAUGUACCUGUGCAGUAGCUUGUAAUUAGUUCAAUAUUAUUAUGUAAAU